UCAUCGUCAUCGGCAGCAGCAGCAACAGCACGCAUCACGCGAAGUGAGGCAAAACAAAACGUCACGCACCGCAGCGGCGAAGAGAGCAUAAGUUUAUUUUCGUCGCGUCCGGACUGAACGGAUCUCGUGGUGCUUAAGCUCCACACGCCACACCAUCACUGGCAAAGUGCGACGAAGGCACAAGCAGUGUCGACCACACGGAACGGCGACGGAGCAUUACUUUCGCCUAAAGCGUGAGAGCAGUUCGCAUACGGAUUGCGCAUCGUUUCGACAGUUUCUAAUCAAACACGUGUAUAGAUUGUUCGAAAAAGGCCGAAGCCUGCUGGAGGCUGGUGAAGCAUUUGCAUCGCAUCGAAACCCGGUAGCUUGACCGUGAACCAUCCAGUUAGUGAGUGUGUGUGUGUGUGUGUGCGUGUGUGUGACCGUUGAGCCCCAUACCAUCGCCCCGGAGGGGUGGCAAACAGUUAAAGCGCGUGUUAAAACCUUCCCAGUGGAGGUCCCACAGCCGUAGCGCACCCAGCAUUGCGGAGAAGGAAGAAUACCAGAGUUCUGACGCGACCGUCCAGAAAUGUGGAACCGAACGUUUUGGUUUUUCGUUGCGGUACGCAUUGCGUCAGUGUUUCUUGUAACGACCUGGUUUGUGCCGGAUGAGUACUGGCAAAGCCUCGAGGUGGCCCAUCGUCUAGCGUUCGGCUACGGCCAUCUUACCUGGGAAUGGGCGGCCGGCAUGAGAAGCUACCUCUACCCGGCGACCUUUGCCGGUCUGUACAAACUGUUGGCCCUGGUUGGGUUGGACUCGGUCGAGCUGCUUACGCUGCUGCCCCAUUUGCAAGCAUGCCUGAGCGCGUACGCCGACUAUCGGUUCCACGUGUGGUGCCGGCAAAGCAAAUGGUCCACCUUUUUGCUCGCUACCUGGUGCUGGUUCUACGUCGGUUCGCGCACGCUCGCCAACACGCUGGAAACGUCGCUGACCAUGAUCGCGCUCAGCUACUUCCCGUGGGCCUCGGAGUGUACCCGGUUCCUGUGGCCGGUCGCCCUGUCGUUCUUUGUCCGGCCGACCUCGGUCAUACCGUGGGUACCGCUGUGCCUGUAUCACAUCAAAAAGUCCACCCACCCGACCUGGGAGCUGCUGCUGAAGCGCUACCUGCUCAUCGGUCUGCUGACCGGUGCGCUGUGCGUCGGCGUGGACAGCUACUUCCACGGGGCGGUUGUUUUCUCGUCGUACGAGUUCCUGAAGUACAACGUGCUGAAGGGUGUGGGUAGCUUCUACGGGGAGCACCCAUGGUACUGGUAUCUCUCCGCCGGGCUGCCGACCGUGCUCGGCGUCAGUGUGCUGCCGUUCCUGGCGGCUGGCUACGAAUCCGUACGCCACCGUAAGGUGUACAAGGAGCGCGCCAUCCUGCUGCUUUCGGUGUGUUUCACCGUGCUGGUGUAUUCGCUGCUGGCGCACAAAGAGUUCCGCUUCCUGCUGCCAGUUUUGCCGAUGUGCCUGUUCAUCACGGCCGACUAUCUCGCUCGCUGGAGCCGCAAAGCUUCGAGCAAAAUGAUUUGGUUUACGGCGCUGCUAAUCCUAUCGGUGAACGGGUUAAUGGCGGGCUACACCGGGCUAGUCCAUCAGCGGGGCACGCUGGACGUGAUGCCUUACCUGGCCACCACCGCCAAGGACUACCGCGACGAGUUUAACAACCCGGCCAAGAUCUUGUUCCUGAUGCCCUGCCACUCGACACCGUUCUACAGCCACGUGCAUCAGAAUGUGACGAUGCGUUUCCUGCACUGCGAGCCGAACCUGACCGACCAGCCGAACUAUCUGGACGAGGCACACCAGUUCUACGCUAAUCCGAUGGGCUGGGUGCGCAAGAACCUGCCCGUCCAUCCGCUCAGCGCUCUUCCCACGCACGUGGUCACGUUCGAUGUGCUCGAGCCACAGCUAAAGGAUUUCCUCUCGAUUUACCAGGAAAAGGUGUCCUUCUUUCACACCGACUAUCCGACGGAGCGCGUUGGCGGGUUUGUAAAAGUUUACGAGCGUUACGAUCGUAAUGCAGCAGCGGGUGCCAGUAGUACCACGUCGACGACCGCCGUUCCUGCGAUGGAGGACGAAUCGAUCAUUAGUACAACCCGUAAAGGUACGAGGUAGACGAUCAAAACGACCACAAUCAAAAGUUGAACAAAAAAGCAAACACAUUUAUUUUUCACCCAUUUUUUUCUUAAUUGAAUUUUUUGAACAAUCUUUGUUUUACUAGCCUGCUACAGGAUAGAAACAUAAACAAAAACAAAAAAAAAACACACACACAAAUUUAAUAUUUGGAAUAGCUAUUUAAAAGCGGUUAGAUUAAUAACAGUUCUCGUAGGGUGUAUGGAGGCAAAGUACGAAAUGUACUUUAAUUUAACGAUUUCUUAUGCAAUUAUUACGAAUUCGUGUAACAUCUAAAUGUGUAAGAGGUUUGUUUUUUUCCCCUCUCCAGACUAGGUUCAAUUUUGGUUAGAGUUUUUUUUUCAUUUAUUUGCUGAAACAUGUCACUAGCAGUGAUUUUAUCUACCACACUGCCAGGUUUUACGAGUGAAGAAAAGUUUUAUCCGCCAUCGAUUGUAAGUAAGCUGAUUUGAUGCUUCCCACUGAUGACAAUAUAGUUUGUAGGAAAUUUUGUGCAA